AUGUCUUCCGAUGCUUCAAGACUCGGAAAGACACAAUCCUGCCAACCUUUGAUAGGUGGCGCCCUGCAAUCCGUGAACACUUUUUACUUCACGCUCACUACUCGUCCCAGGUACGACAAGCUUCAAGGUGAGCUCUCGACUACUCAAGACCGGCUCUCGGAAUCCGAAUCGGCCGCCUAUGGCUUGAACGACCAGUUCUCCGAACUCAAGGCGAAGUACAAUGCAAUCACCGAGAAAACUAGGCCGGAGAUGGAAUCGGAUAUCAAAGAGUAUGAAAGCAACCUUCUCCUUCUGGAUCAAACCCACGACGAAGACUUUUCUGAGGAACAAGAAAGGUCCGUAUUCGAAGCUGUUUUAGUAGAGAAGCGAAGUCGUCUGGCUGCUCUUACCUCUUCAUCAUUCAACCCUCAACAGUUCGAGGAGUUCUUUACCGAAUUGCCUCCUUUGAGCGAGUCCGGUUUAGAUUGGGCUGGUCCCAGUGAACCCGUGGAACCUGAGAUAUCUGUCACGUCGGUGGAAACUCCUGAACCGGUAGUCAUUCCGCCAGAGGUUCCUCCAUCCACGAACACCGAAACAGUGGUCAUCGAGGAUGAUGAUGCUUCAGACCUAGGGAUUCCCACCGAACAACCUGUCGCUGAUGAAACAAACGAGACUGAGACGACUGCCAUCGAUUCGGUCGAUCCUGAGCCAACUCAAACUGAAUCCAAGGUGGAUAAGGAUCCAUAG